AAAAGAUGCCUACUCUCUGCAGCUUAUGUGGACAGCCAGAAAUGGGAGGCUAGAGAAAAGGAGCAUUGUGAUAUGGCAGAGCUGAUUGCCUUGAUGGAAAGGACGUACGAAAAGAAGCUGCCCGUCAGUUCUCUGACCAUAUCCAGGGUUGUGGACAAUAUUUCCUCCCGAGAAGAGAUAGACCAUGCCGAGUAUUACCUUUACAAGUUUCGGCACAGCCCCAACUCCUGGUACCUCAGGGACUGGACGAUUCACAGCUGGAUUCGGCAGUGCCUCAAGUACGACGCCCAGGACAAAGCCCUGUACACCCUCGUCAACAAGGUUCAAUAUGGAAUUUUCCCAGAUAACUUUACAUUUAAUUUGCUCAUGGAUUCUUUUGUGAAGAAGGAAAACUAUGAAGGUGCUUUGGCCGUGGUUACUGAAGUCAUGCAGCAGGAAGAAUUCGAUGUGGUGUCCACCCAGCUUCUGUCCCUCUACAUCCUGUACAAGUGCCUGGCGAAGCGGUCGGAGCUUAAGUGGGAAGAGGAGAGAAACUUUGGUGCCUCCCUGCUGCUCCCUGGCCUGAAGCAGGAGAACACGGUGGGCUGGAGUUCCCGGCUGUACGGCUACGCCCUGCUGGGGAAGGUGGAACUGCAGCAGGGGCUACGGGCCGUGUACCAGGACAUGCCGCUGAUCUGGAUCCCGGGAUACCUGGCCCGGGCACUGCAGGUGAUGGAGGAGGUAGCCGCCCACCCUGGGGACGUGAAGCUCUGCAAAGAAGCGCUGGAUGUCCUGGAGGCGGUGCUGCAGGCUCCCCCCACUCCCCAAGCCGCCGAGCCCCCCGCCGAUCCUGCCCAAGGGUCUGAGGAGGCCCAGGGAUUGGGACGACUCCCGGAGAUACCGGACCCCGAGGAAAUGGAGCUGGUCAAGGUGCCCGGAUACCUGGAGCGAUACAAAGCGUCGCUGGAGAAGCUGCAGUCGCUGGGCCGGGUGGAGCCGGAAGGGCUGCUGGCCCUGACCGCGAGGCUGGUCGAGGAGAAGCUUCCGGCUUGCGAGGCCGAGGACGUGGUGCGGUACGAGCAGAAGCUGCAGGAGUGGGAGCAGGAGCGGCUGCACCUCAUCCGCAGGGAGGCGGAGAGCAAAGAGAUCGCACGCCGAGAGCAGGAGGCCAGGAGGGCCGCCAGGGAAGCGGCCAAGGCCUCGGUUUAGCGGGGUCCGUCCCCGGAGGCUCUGGGAGGAACCUGGCCGGGCAGCGCCCUCCCAGUACCCCCGUGCCCUUCCGCCCCUUCCCAAACCUCCUAUAGGAUGCUUGUGGAAUGGUGGGGGCCUGCUUGGGGAGUUGUGACCGGUGGGAUAUGGGGCAUUAGGAGCAGUCCCCUCCCCUUGGGCUCCUGGAGCCUGGGGGUUUGGGCCAGAGUGACGCCCUGGCUGGGGUUGAGCAGGGCAAGGCCGGCCUGCGGCUGCAGGAUUAACAGUAAAGCCAGGAGAAUGGCUCACUCGGACUCUAAGCCCGAAGGUGGACUUUGACUCCUUAUGGUAGUCUGGUCGGAUGCACUCAAUCGGAGACGCCCACUGGCCCUCCGAGGCUCCGGGUCGGCCCGCAGCGCUGCCUCGGCCACCCAGGUGAGCAGGGGGAGAAAAGAGUUGUGGGGGAUGGAAUCGGCCCCUCCGGCCCCUGCCUUCCCCUCCCAUCUGUCAAUAACGUGUUCUGGGAACGUGGAGCCGGGCGCCAGGAAUGUUUCGGGGUUCCUAGGAGAAGCAAGUAGUGGGGAAACCGUAUCAGAUCCCAAAAUUGCUUUGUGACGGUCCCCUCAGCCAGGGCGUGGACCCACCCCUAGUUCCCACCGUCCCAACUCCCGGGUCUCACCCCAAGCGGGUAGGUGGGCCAGGGGUGGAGGAGGGUGUGCGUGUGCGGAGUCACCCACAAUAAAGAUUUGGGGUUCA